AUGGAUUUAAUGGCACAUUUUGAACGUGCUCAACAAGCGCUGAAUAUGCAACAUCUCCAGCAGUACUACCAAACCCUUCAACAACACGCUCAGCAACAGACCGCUAACAAUGCUGCGCAAGCUGGUCCGGAAAGAAUGGAUGAAGGAAUAUGUGAUGCAGCUGUGGCUCCGCUGGCACUUGCGUCAUCUAUGGGAAGCCUACUCGGAUCGAGCCAAUCGCCAACCACUUCACGCGAACCACCACUUCCGCAAAGAGUGCGAAGCGACCAUCGUAAUGCAUCCUCAAACUCGUCUUCUCAAACAAUCUCGCAGCAUACAAAAGAUCGCCUAAAAAACAUGAUUGCUCAACGAAACAGGGAAGGAAGUCAAACGAACCUAGCCGGUACUCCACCCCAACAGCACGCUCCAAUGAGCCCACAGGUGCAAUAUGUGAACGUGUCAUCACCUCACUUUGAACCCUACCGCGUACCCGCUUCACUGCAUACAGCCCAAGCUGUCAGCUCUCAACCAUCUUCGGAAUAUCAACUUCGGAAAGUGAAUAGCGAGCCGAAUCUUAAGAUGCGUAUCCGAGCGAAAUUACUAAGUAAAGGGUCCAGUCCAGUUCAGAACCAGAACAACUUUAGUUUCACACAUCCGCAAAGUGACAGCGAAACUUCUGGGAAUGGUAAUACAGCUGGAAAUUUGGCUAUGGAUGCGCUUCUGACGAAUGCCGCCACCGCCUUUCCUCCUCAUCUGAUCAUGCCGUCGCCAAGUUUGCCGAACCUUGCUGCCCCCACUCUCGCGCAAGCUCCACAGCUUCCUAUUGGUGAACUUAUUUUGUUGGUAAUAAAACUGAUGGAUCUAGCUUCUUUGAUGGCAGCCGCUCAGCUUACUCCAUUUCUAAGCCUCCCAAGUCUCUUCAAAACUCAUAUUGGUCUUGGAGCAGGCUUACUAGAAGACGACGUUGCGGAUCGAGCCAAAUUGAAUCCUGGCGUCUGUACUCUUGGAGCACUCUCGCAGCAGUUGCCAGUCUUUGGAAAUCCCUCUUUGCUCAAGCAGCAGCUCAGAGAACUUGUGCUUAGGAGAAAAAGUCUUGUUCGUGAAGAACCAGAAGAUGACGACUCACUUUCUGCACAACCAAUGCUGUCUCCUGGUCAUUUGCCAACUUCUCUUGGACUAGGUGAUAUGUCAGGAGGAAAGGCUACUGGUCUUGCUUACGACUCCAGUAUGGCACGACAUGAGUGUGUUUGCGGUGAAAGCAGUUCACACGUUGAACACGGAGGAAGAGUACAAAGCAUUUGGGCUCGAUUACUAGAACGCGGACUCGUCCAAAAGUGUGAAAGAAUAGCCGCCAAAAAAGCAUCUUUGGAACAGCUUCGUAUGGUUCACUCUCCAACCUAUGUUACAUUCUUUGCUGUUUCGCCAACGGCGUGCUUGAAGAUGGAGGCAUCUCAACUUCCGCUCAAGAGCUUUGUCCAAUUGCCUUGUGGCGGAAUUGGUAUAGAUUCUGACACGUACUUCAACGAUGCAACCACCCAAACCGCUGCUCGUGUGGCUGCUGGAUCACUAAUAGAGUUGGCUUCGCAGGUGGCAGAAAAUCGAUUGCGAAACGGUUUUGCGUGCAUUCGACCUCCUGGACACCAUUCCGAAAGAGAUCAGGCCAUGGGCUUCUGCUUUUUCAACAAUGUCGCCAUCACCGCUCGUUAUCUUCAGAACAAAUAUCCGCAACAAUGCGCACGGAUUGCAAUAAUAGAUUGGGUAGAUGUUCACCAUGGAAAUGGGACGCAGCUUUGUUUUGAAGAAGAUCCUAGUGUUUUGUACUUAUCGCUUCAUCGCCACGAUAACGGAAAUUUCUUCCCCGGAACCGGAGCUGUGACCGAAGUUGGUCGCGGAGCCGGGAAGGGUUUUUCGGUAAAUGUACCAUUUUCCGGUGGGAUAAUGAGGGAUGCGGACUAUUUAGCUGCUUGGAGAGUAAUUGUUCAACCUGUCUUGGAGCAGUUUCAGCCGAAUUUCAUACUAGUAUCAGCUGGAUUUGACGCAUGUUGCGGUCAUCCAAAUGCUCUUGGCGGUUACAAAAUCUCGGCCGAAAUGUUCGGCUUCAUGACACGCCAGCUGAUGAGUUUUGCUGGCGGACGGGUCGUUUUGGCACUGGAAGGAGGAUAUGAUUUAGCUAGUAUCUCAGACGCUGCCGAGCAGUGCGUUAAGGUUCUCUGCGGAGAGGACGACAAAGCGGGUGUAUUAACAAACGAGGCGCUUGAAGGCUUACCAUGUCUGAGUGCCCAAGAAACUAUACAGAAGGUGAUUGCAAUACAUAAAGGAUAUUGGCCCACACUUACAGCUGAACAAGGACUAUCAAUUAGCGAACUUCACUGGCAAACAGUUGGUAGACAGUUUCAAAAGCUUACCAUGGGCACUGUUUCAUAA